AGUGUAGUGAAGACGCUCUGUGGAGAAGCGCACCCUUCCGCCCCUACUGUGCCGGGUUGCUACGUUACAUGCUUUGGUAGUCCCAGCCAGUUCCACGUCUCGCGGGCCCUUGCGAACUUCGUGGAUUUACCUUUCGCGCCUGCAAGUACCUGACAGUCGAUUUAGGCAUUCUAGUCAUGAUUCUGCCUUCAUAGAAAUUGCAGAACUUGGACUUUGCAAAUUCCCAGAAGUAGGAAGAAAAAUGGCCUCAUUCAAGGAGGAACUGACCUUCAAGGAUGUGGCUGUGGUCUUCACUGAGGAGGAGCUGGGUCUGCUGGACCCUAUUCAGAGGAAGCUGUACCAAGAUGUGAUGCUGGAGAACUUCCAGAACCUGCUCUCAGUAGGACAUCACCCUUUCAAACAUGAUGUAUUCUACUUAGAAAAGGAAAAAAGGCGUGGUAUGGUGAAGACAGCAAUCCAAAGAAAAGAGAAAUCAGCAGACAAGAUCCAAAGUGAGAUGGAGACUAUUCCAGAAGUAGGACUACAUGAAGAGCUUUCCUACAGGCAAAUAUGGCAACAAAGCGCAAGUGAUUUAAGCAGGUGUCAAGACUUUGUGAUAAAUAUUUCUCAGUUUCCCGGACAAGCUGAUUUGUCUUGCCAGCUUUGGGCAGAACUACCUAUAAGUCACACAGGACACAAACUUUACCCAUGUCAUGAUUGUAAAAAAUCUUUCAUUGAUGUCUCCAGCUUUGAUCUUCAUCAACAGUUACAUUCAAGAGAAAAGUCUCACACAUGUGAUGAGUGUGAAAAAAGCUUCUGUUAUAUCCCAGCUCUUCAUCUUCAUCAGAGAGUUCACGUGGGAGAGAAACGUUGUAAGUGUGAUGUGUGUGGUAAAGAAUUCAGUCACAGCUCAUAUCUGCAAACUCAUCAUAGAGUCCACCCUGUAGAGAAACCAUUCAAAUGUAUGGAAUGUGGGAAAGGCUUCAGCCGUAGAUCAACACUUACUGUGCAUUGCAGACUACACACAGGAGAGAAAACUUAUAGUUGUGAGAAAUGUGGUAGGGCCUUCAUACAUGCUUCCCAUCUUCAGGAACAUCAGAGAAUCCAUACAGGGGAGAAGCCAUUUAAAUGUGAUACGUGUGGUAAGAACUUCCGCAGUAGAUCAACACUUAGAACUCACUGCAUGGUCCACACAGGUGAGAAACCUUACAAAUGUGAAGAAUGUGGUAAGUGCUUUAUUCAGCCUUCACAAUUUCAGGCUCAUCGGAGAAUCCACACUGGAGAGAAGCCAUAUGUAUGUAAAAUAUGUGGUAAGGGCUUCAUUUACAAUUCAAAUUUUCAUGCCCAUCAGGGAGUCCACACAGGAAAGAAACCAUACAAAUGUGAUGAGUGUGGGAAGAGGUUCAGAAUGAAAAUCCAAUAUCAAGUACAUCUGGUAAUACACACAGGAGAGAAGCCUUAUAAAUGUGAGGUGUGUGGGAAAGCCUUCCGUCAGAGUUCAUACCUUAAAAUCCAUCAGAAAGCACAUAGUGUGGAGAAACCUUAUAAGUGUGAAGAGUGUGGACAGGGCUUUAAUCAGAGUUCACAACUGCAGAUUCACCAGCUGAUCCAUACUGGUGAGAAACCAUACAAAUGUGAAGAGUGUGGAAAGGGAUUCAGUCGUAGAGCCAAUCUUAAAAUUCAUUGUCGAAUCCACACAGGAGAGAAACCUUAUAAAUGUGAGGUGUGUGGGAAAGCCUUCUGUCAUAGUUCAUAUCUUAAAAUCCAUUUGAAAGCACACAAUGUGGAGAAACGUUAUAAGUGUGAAGAGUGUGGAAAGGGCUUCAGUCAGCGUUCACGACUGCAGAUUCACCAGCUGAUCCAUACUGAUGAGAGACCAUACAAAUGUGAAGAGUGUGGAAAGGGAUUCAGGCGUAGAGCAGAACUUAAAAUUCAUUGUAGAAUCCACUCGGGAGAGAAACCAUAUAGUUGUAAGGAAUGUGGGAAAGCCUUCAUUCAAGCCUCACAUCUUCUGACCCAUCAGAGAGUUCACAGUGGAGAAAAACCAUUCAAAUGUGAGGAGUGUGGGAAGAGCUUUGCUCGGAGUGCACACCUUCAAGCUCAUCAAAAAGUCCACACUGGAGAAAGGCCAUACAAGUGUGAGGAGUGUGGGAAGAGCUUUGGUCGGAGUGCACACCUUCAAGCUCAUCAAAAAGUCCACACUGGAGAAAAGCCAUACAAAUGUGAAGAGUGUGGGAAGGGCUUCAAGUGGAGCCUUAAUCUUGAUAUGCAUCAGAGGGUACACAGAGGAGAUAAACCAUAUACAUGUGGUGAAUGUGGGAAGCACUUCAGUCAGGCCUCAAGUCUUCAGCUUCAUCAGAAUGUGCACACUGGAGAGAAACCAUACAAAUGUGAUGUGUGUAGUAAAGUCUUCAGUUGGUCUUCAAAACUUCAGUAUCACAGGCGAGUUCACACAGGGGAGAAACCUUUCAAAUGUGAGAUAUGUGGUAAGAGUUUCAGAUGGAGAUCAAACCUCGAACGUCAUCACAAAAUUCAUGCUGGUGAUAUAUUUUAUGAGAGUGGUAAGAACAUCAGAGAAUUGGCUCAGCACCUGUAGCAGAGUGGUUAUAGCGCCAGCCACCUGCAGCAAGGCUGGUGUGUUCUAGCCCAGCCUGGGCCAGCUAAACAACAAUGACAACUGCAACAAAAAAAAAUAGCCAGGCGUUGUCAUGGGCGCCUCUAAUCCCAGCUUCUUGGGAGGCUGAGGCAAGAGAAUCGCUUAAGCUCAAGAGUUUGAGGUUGCUAUGAGCUGUGAUGCCAAGGCACUCUACUAAGGGCAACGUAGUGAGACUCUGUCUCAAAUAAAUAAAUAAGAGAAUUGUCACAGGAAAUUAGUUCUACAAAGUGAUUGUUUUUAAAAACUCAUGUACAACCUGAAUUCUUGUAAUCACAUUUAACAGGAGUGGAAAUACUUGUUUUAUGUAAGUCAGCAUUUAAAGCAAUACCUCACUGUAUCCCAGUUAUCCAGAGACCACACAGCUGAGAACUUUUGUAAGUGAUACAAUAAGGACUUCAAUUAGACCUUUGGCAUCUAUCAGAUGUCACUUAGCAGGUAUGACUUAGAAAGGAAGAGUUUGGUUUGGUUUUCAACGAAAGUGUAGUGAUGAGGGCGUCAGAAUGGAUAUCUUCCAGGGGUCUUCAAACUACGGCCCGCGGGCCACAUGAGGCACUGUGAUUGUAUUUGUUCCUGUUUUGUGUUUUUACUUCAAAAUAAGAUAUGUGCAGUGUGCAUAGGAAUUUGUUCAUAGUUUUUUUUUUUAAACUAUAGUCCAGCCCUCUAACAGGCUGAAGGACAGUGAACUGGCCUCCUGUUUAAAAAGUUUGAGGACCCCUGUUUAAAAAGUAAGCUCCAUUAGGGAAGGAACUUUGAUGGAGAAUCUAUACAACCUUAACAUUGACAAGUGCUUGAAGGUGUGAUCAGCAUUUGUUAAAUCACUCUAAAGGAGUAAAUGUACAGUAUUGAAUACCGUACAGAGGGUAAUACCUAUACAAUAAAUAUUCAGGAAAACAAACAUUUUUUGAAAUACUGAAUAUUCCAGUGUACAAUACUAGUAUGGUAUUACCCUAUUGGAGUUAACUCUUGUCCUAUCUCUAGCCUGUGCUGCAAGUUGGGCGCUUAUUGUUUGGGGCCCUGUCUAGUUUUCCAGGGGUUGUAUACAGUAUAAAUUGAACCAUCCUUUGUGAUUUUUCUGGCAAUGCAUACUGAAUAAGUUUUAUUAACCUUACAAUAACAGAUUACUGAAUAUAUACAAUUGACUUUUUUUUUUUUUUUUAGAAACAGAGUCUCACUUUAUCAAUGCUGUGGCAUCACAGCUCACAGCAACCUCUAGCUCUUGGGCUCAGGUGAUUUUCUUGCCUCAGCCUCCCAAGUAGCUGGAACUACAGGCGCCCGCCACAACACCCAGCUAUUUUUUUGUUGCAGUUUGGCUGGGGCCGGAUUUGCACCCACCACCCUCCAUAUAUGAGACCAGCACUCUACUCACUGAGCCACAGGCACCGCCCUACCUUUGACUUUUUAUCCUUUAAUGUUACAUCAGUGGCUAACUAUAACACUUUUAAAGUGUUAUAAGUAGUUAAUGAAUGAUAAAAUAAAUUACCUUUAUCAACCUUGAAUAUAUUUGGUUUCUAACGCCUGGCAUUUCUUGAAAUGCUUGCCUUCCUAUUGCGGUACUAUUCUCUUAACAAAACUUCACAAGUAAGGCUGUGUUAUGUUCUUACCCUAUACCCGUGAAGCAAAUAUAUAAAAAAACAACAACGGGCGGUGCCUGUGGCUCAAGGAGUAGGGCGCCGGUCCCAUAUGCCGGAGGUGGCAUACCCAGCCCCGGCCAAAAACCACAGAAAAAAAAAAAAAAACAUAGAAAUUUGUUAAUUUUAUCAGACGUUUUAUUGGGGCAGUUAUUGACAUUUACAUGCUUUUGCCUAUUGGCAGAUGUAAAUUAUGUUUUUGGGAAAGGAGUAUAUAACAGAAUAUAGGUUGUACAUCUCUUUGAUUUGGAAAUUAUAUAAUUGGAAUUUAUCAUUGAGAUUAAAAUGCCAAAAUAUAAGUAACAUAUCAAUGAUGGCACUGAUUACUUAAAAUGGAAGCAUGAUUUUUUUUUAUAGGAAUUUGAGGCUUUUUUUUUUUUCUUUUUGAGACAGAGCUUCAAGCUGUCGCCCUGGGUAGAGUACUGAGGCAUCAGAGCUCACAGCAACCUCCAACUUAUGGGCUCAAGCAGUUCU